AACACACAGCGUCGGGCAUUUAGACUGGGAAACACUGAAUGGCAUCCAAACAAAAGGGAUUUGGGAUUCGGUGAGGCUGUUAACAUCAAUGUGUAUUAUUUCCAAUUUAAAUAUUAGGGCUUUUAUUAGGCGACAGACUAGCUAGCUUCCUUCUAAUGGUGUUUGAAUAGCAAAGCAUUAUCUGAUGGUGCGAUGCUGCUUCUGCCAAAACUCAGCUCCACCUCAGACCACUGCCCCUCUCCUCUCAGGUGGCUGCAACUCCUCCACCCAGACUCAACCCUGGGCAGGAAUGCAGCAAGGCAACUUUUGUCUUUGCCAUACGGCCUUUUUUGUCUUACGUGUUCGUCAGGUUAGCUUUAUUUCUGUUUAAUUCACGAGCAAAGGCUCUGGCUUGUUCUUGUCGCUACACCUCGAAAGUGUAGCUGUAAGUUACCUGGUAAAGUUAGUUGGCACACAGGUAUGCGGCGAAUUAUAUAAACAACUCAACUGUCAAAACAAAAAAAAUCCAUGUUGACUGGCUUCCAAAUUACGCGUUUGGAGCGUGCAUAUUACAGAUGCACAAUGCGGUGGUGUCCCAGCUCAGCGCUCCACCUGCUGCGGUGUGUGCGGUUACGGCCAUGCAUCAGGAGAGGAAAGAACAGUCUGCCGUUGUGGAUUAGGGAAAUAUGGGCUUACAUGAGACUGCUGGUGCAGUCAUUGUACUUUAACUCCCUCACAGACUCAGAUGUGGUUUUCGACUCCGUCUUUGAACCAGUGUUUCUGACUGUGGAUUAUGUCACCCGCUGGUUUGGCUCAGUGUUUGUUUCUCUGGUGGUGAUACUGACGAGCUCCAUCUUGGCGAUAGCUUACCUGAUCCUACUGCCUAUGGUCCUCCAAACAUACUCCCCAGCAUGGAUAGCUUGGCAUCUUUGUUAUGGACACUGGAACCUCGUCAUGAUUGUUUUCCAUUACUACAAGGCCACCAAGACGUCCCCAGGGUACCCCCCAACAGUAAAAAAUGACAGUCCAUUUGUGUCAGUCUGCAAAAAAUGCAUCAUACCAAAACCAGCAAGAACACACCACUGUGGAAUCUGUAACAGGUGCAUUCUGAAGAUGGACCAUCAUUGUCCCUGGCUGAAUAACUGCGUGGGCCAUUUAAACCACCGUUACUUCUUCAACUUCUGCCUCUUCUUGUCCUUGGGCUGUAUCUACUGUAGCAUCAGUGGGAGGAACUUGUUUCUAGAUGCAUACAAUGCCAUUGAGCGCUUUAAGCAUUUGGAUGUGGAAAAGCCAGGGGUACCAGUAACAGGGAUGGGAGUUCUCAUAGGCCUCCUUCCUCCUGGCCAGACCAACUAUCAGACAGCUGCACCUCCAUACACCUUCAAGGAGAAGAUGGUGCAUAAGAGCAUCAUCUACAUGUGGGUGCUCACCAGCACUGUGGGAGUUGCUCUGGGAGCUCUGACCUUUUGGCAUGCAGUUCUCAUAUCCAGAGGAGAGACCAGCAUUGAAAGACACAUUAACAGCAAAGAAACAAGUCGACUGGCAAAACGAGGACGGGUUUACAGAAACCCUUUCAACUAUGGCAGGCUGAAUAACUGGAAAGUCUUCCUUGGUGUGGAGAAGAGAAGUCACUGGCUGACGCGUGUUAUCCUUCCCUCUGGACAUGCCCCACCUGGUGAUGGUUUGAAAUGGGACAUCUUCCCAUUUAAAAAGGACUCAAUACCUGUAUGACAGACUCUACUCAGGCAUACACGUAGCCUCAUUACAGCAGUCUUUGCUGUGUCCAACCGUCUCUGCUCAGAUGAUCUGGUUGGAUUAAAGGAUCCUUGGAGCUGAAGAAAUGGACUGAUUUCAACCUCCAAUACCUCAAAAAACUUGCAGUGGCAUUGCUCAUGGUUUGCCGGUCUACAUUUUUCACCAGUGAAAAGGCAAUGUGUCAUGGUUGGUUUGUCCUCUACUGGGUUUUACUUAGUCUUACAAAUGGGUCUUAUUCGACUCUAAGCAUGGUGAGAACUGUAGUACCAUGAUGUGUUAUUUAUCUGUAUUUUGUACCUGUUAAAUUAAUAAAUCUUUAUAAAUUGUUUUAUUUUAA